UUCAGCAAGGAAACAAAGCUUCAGCUAGCUUGCACAAGAGAGUCUUAGCUUGGUGUGGAGAGACGUGUUAGCAUAGCCACGAAAAGACAGGGAGAGGUGGCUAUAGCUAGGUAGAGAGAUAGGGAGAGAAUGGCAAGGCAAGGUGUAGCCUCCAUGUUCGCCAUGGCAUUUCUCCUCGGGGUCUUUGCAUCCAUCCCACAAAGUGCCGAGUCCAUCGGUGUGUGCUACGGCAUGAGCGGCAACAACCUGCCGCCGGCGAGCACGGUGAUCAGCAUGUACAAGUCCAACGGCAUCUCGGCGAUGCGGCUGUACGCGCCGGACCAGGGCGCGCUGCAGGCCGUGGGCGGCACGGGCAUCAGCGUCGCCGUCGGCGCCCCCAACGACGUGCUCUCCAGCCUCGCCGCCAGCCCGGCCGCGGCGGCGUCCUGGGUGCGCAACAACAUCCAGGCGUACCCGUCCGUGUCCUUCCGCUACGUCUGCGUGGGCAACGAGGUCGCCGGCGGCGCGGCGCAGGGCCUGGCGCCGGCCAUGGAGAACGUGCACGCGGCGCUGGCGGCGGCCGGGCUGGGCCACAUCAAGGUGACCACGUCGGUGUCGCAGGCCAUCCUCGGCGUGUACAGCCCGCCCUCCGCCGCGGAGUUCACCGGCGAGGCGCAGGGGUACAUGGGCCCGGUCCUUCAGUUCCUGGCCCGCACCGGGUCGCCGCUGAUGGCCAACAUCUACCCGUACCUGGCGUGGGCCUACAACCCGAGCGCCAUGGACAUGAGCUACGCGCUCUUCACGGCACCGGGGACGGUGGUGCAGGACGGCGCGUACGGGUACCAGAACCUGUUCGACACGACGGUGGACGCGUUCUACUUCGCUAUGGGGCGGCACGGCGGCGCCGGCGUGCCGCUGGUGGUGUCGGAGAGCGGGUGGCCGUCGGGCGGCGGCCAGGCGGCGACGCCCGCGAACGCGAGGGUGUACAACCAGUACCUGAUCAACCACGUCGGCAGGGGGACGCCGCGGCACCCGGGCGGCAUCGAGACCUACCUCUUCUCCAUGUUCAACGAGGACCAGAAGGAGAGCGGCGUGGAGCAGAACUGGGGGCUCUUCUACCCCAACAUGCAGCACGUCUACCCCAUCAGCUUCUGAGCGGAUGGAACCACACGUAUACGUACGUAUUGCCGCCGAUACGUGAUACGUAUACGUACAUGUAGAUUAAUUAAUUAUUGUAUACUGGGGCUUGCUGCUUUGCGACCGCUGGGAGGUAGCGUCAAAUGGUACGGUGCUCCCAGAUGCGUACGCCGUGAGUGAGUAUUGUAUUUCUACGUACGUAUGUUUAUACGCACGCCGAGAGGAGACGUAUGUACCAUAGGUAAAAUACGGUACAUCGUCAAAUUGAUCUCCCUUCGUAUACAGCUACUAGUAUAUAGAGGUUGUGGGUGGAUAAGACGCAGAUAUAUAUACGUACACCAAUUGUAUGUACAUUACGCACCGUAUAAAAAAAUAAAUAUACGGUUUGCUUAUUUGAGGUAUCUACCUCUUUUAUAUGGA